AUGGAAACUUCCGCUAAAUUCAACGACAUUGAAACGCAGCGCUUGAAACGUACAGCUUUUCUAUCGGUUGCUAUUUCAACGGUAAUUGUAUUUUGCUCAAUUUUCACACUUCCCUUAAUAUAUAGUUAUGUCCAAUCCAUUCAAACUUAUAUGAUCGAUGAAAUAGAUUUUUGCAGAGCGAAGUCAAGAGAUCUCUGGGUUGAAGUUGUUGCAGUGGGAACUGAAAAGAAUCGCCAGAAACGUGUUGUCAAAUCAGCUUCCCGAGUCAAGCGUGAAUGGAAUUUUGGCCAAUGGCUUGAUAGAAAUACACAAAGAGACUCUGGAAAAUAUGCUCCUUUACCACCAGCCAUACCAUCCUAUGACUCCGCCGUUGAAGAUUUCCAGCAACCAUCAUGUUGUACAUGUCAGCAAGGACCAAUUGGACCGCCAGGGCCACCAGGAGAUGAUGGACUAGAUGGGCCAGAUGGGAAACCGGGAUCUGACGGUGCUCCAGGAAAAAGUGGUGUUAUUUUACAUCCUCUUGGAACACCAAUGGAACCAUGCAUUAUUUGUCCACCCGGACCACCAGGAUUUGCUGGUUUUCCAGGACAAAAAGGGCCACCAGGUCCAAGAGGUAGCCCGGGACAAGCAGGAAUUGACGGUAAAAAAGGUGAACCUGGAAUGCAAGGACCCCAAGGACCAACCGGAAGACCAGGACGGCCAGGACCGAAAGGGCCAAAAGGAGAAGAUGGUCGAAUUAUUAUGGUUGCUGGGCCAGCUGGGCCUCCAGGACAGCCUGGGCCGAUUGGAGCCCCAGGUCCACGUGGAAAUCGCGGGCUUGAUGGUCUUCCCGGACCUCAAGGUGCGAUUGGACCACAAGGAGAUCCGGGUUAUCCAGGACCAGAUGGAAAGAUGGGGCCGAAUGGAGCUCGUGGCCCACCAGGCCCAGAAGGCCCACGUGGAUCAUGCGAUCAUUGUCCACUUCCUCGCUUACCACCUGGAUAUUAA